UAUCACAAGAACAAGAUGGCGGCGAUUUAAAAUUAAUGGGAGCGUCGGGCGUCUGGAAAUUUAUGAAAUAAUCGUGACUUCUCCGGUAUGUUUUUCUAGAAUUGACAUCGGAUUUGUGCCACUGACUGAAUGAUGCAAGGUCUUUUGACACCAUAAACUCUACAGCAACUAUGAAUCUUUGAUAUGCCAUGUGAUGUCCAUACAGCAUGCGGUGAGCAACUACGAUAGCUGAAUGUGGGAGUGGUUUAAGGGUGCCCUUUUGCCUGAGUAAUUCACUCGUUCCUGACCCCCCUGUGCAUCAUGUCCCACAGCGGAGCAUCAUCAAGAUCUAGCAGCAGAUCCAGUUCACGGUCUGGAUCGGGUCGCAAGAAAGAGGAAAGCUGGUACGCACUGGUCCCCGAGCAGGUUGAGUUGGUGUCCUCCCCAUCACCGGUCAAGCGACACCUGAGUGGCCGGUCAUCUCUAGCGGCUAGUAGCCGGUCAUCAUCCCAGAGCUCUGUCCUGUCCAAUAGCAACACUACCUCCCCGAGCAAGAGAGCAAGGCCGUCCAAGAGAGACACAGAUCCCAUUGCCGCCAUUGCUGCGGCCAACCAGCCCCAAGCUUCCGCUUCCCCCAACCCCCUGGAGGAAACAUUCCAUCUUCCUGCCAUGGAUUUUACAGACAGCCGAGACUCUGGCCACUUUGACGAUCUGCAAUUCAGCUCAGCUGUCAACGUGACUGGAGGCAUAACCCGAGAGGAGUAUCCAUACUCAACAGAAGAGGAAGGAUCUGAGCUCCGCUACACCAGCAGUGAGACAGACAUCCCCCUCCCUCAGUCUGACGAUGGGGGUGAGACACUCAGCCCCAGGGAGGGGGUUGUUGGGGAGGGGGAGGCUGGGCAGAAGGAUGCCCUCCAAGAAGCCAUCGCGGAGGUCUCGGCUGAUUUCGUGAGCGGGAAUCUGUCCGUGUCACUGUCACAGCACACACUGGAUGCAUCACCUGAUAAGCAAUCUGCCGCUACUUCUCCUGCAUCUGUGUCUAGCAAGCACACUGAGAGCAGGGAUGCUGAUUCAUCUCGGCCCUCCGCGAAACAAACCCAAGACAUUCCAGAUCUUACUUCAUACACCAUACGAAGCGAUGCUCAGUUGUCCUCAGGCCAGGGAUCAAGAUUGUCGGAGGGAGUCUUGAAAGAAUCCACAGGGCAUUCUGACAAGAUCCUCACCACAUACACCACACUAGGGGAUGCUCAGUUGUCGGACUAUCCACUUGGAGACAGUGUGUCAUUACCAGGGACAUCCUCAGGGCAGAACUCAAGAUUGUCUGAGGGAGUCUUGAAGGAAUCCACGUCACUAUCUGAGAAGAGCAAAACAAAGGAUUACACAACAGAAGAGGUGCCAACAAAACUAGGAAGCGGGGAAACAACAUCCCACGCACUGCAAGAACCCAGUCAGCUACUGACAGAAGAUUCAUUGUUUCAUUACAAAGCGACAAGCAUAAUAAGUGACUCUAUUGCCUUAACAGGCAAGAAGCCAAAAUUUACUUCAACUCCAUACAACCCUCAUCAGGAUGAAGCCAUUGCAGCUGUGUUGCUGUCUGAUAUGAAAUCUGUUGACAGACUCAAAACAGAUGCUAAGAGAGAGGAAACUGUGGUAAAUGGUAGUCAAAAUUCACCAUCUGCAACCAAAACUGACAGGACAGUCUCAGCGGCAGGUACUUCUGGAAGUAAAGGUGAGAGCUCAGGAAGCACCACCGGCUUCCUGAGUGAGGAUUCCAUCAGCCUGUCCCGGGAAGUCAAGAGUGCUGCACCCCUUCGGGGAUCCCACGUUCAGCUCCCCAUAGAUCUGAACAAUCUAGAGCCAGUCAGCUUGACCCCAUCUGUGCAGAGCAAACCUGGAUCAGCACCCAGUCUCCUGGCUACUGUGGAGGAACCUGAAACAUUGACUAUGCAGAGCAAGAAAAAUUCAGUCAAGAGAGACAGAUCCAGCAGUUCAUCAGGAAGUGCUUCUUCUAAGAGUGAGAAAACUAUCAAGAAAAAGGUAAAACAGACAAGCCCAUUGAAGAAAGUGUCUUCUAAGACAGCUACGGAAAAAUCCAAAAGUGCAGCACCCAAGCAACAAAAGGCAAAAACGGGAAGGCAGGUGAGAAGCACAGAGUCUCCCAAUCGAUCGCCAGCCAGCAGUGCUGCAUCAGAAAGCUCCAGUACAAAGAUAGCCAGGUCUUAUAUUCAGUAUCCACCAGAUUUGCAGAGUGUAACACCAGGAGAAUCACAGCUAGUGAGUGAUGACACACACUCAGAUUCCUCUGGCCAUUAUGAUGUCCAGCAAAGGGAAAUGGACAUCAACCAGAAUCUACAGGAUCUCAGAGUUGAACGCCACACAGAAACCAAAAGUGAAGAGAGAUACUUGAAGCAUGUUGAGGUUACUCAAGUUGAUAACAAAUCAGUCAUGGAGAAGGAAGCCCCAGUUGUUUCACACACGAGUCUGGACACAAUUCAGAGUCAAGACUCACUGUCAAGAAGAGUUGCACUCCUGCUCUCUGCAACCUCUGCUCCUCCUGGAGAACUCUGGAAGGGUGAUGCCACAAAAAAAUCCCCGUCCGAGGAUAGUGGAAGCUUCACAAGUGAAGCUGGCUCCCCUGAUAGCAUUGAGAACCUCCUGAGCUCCGGCUCCAGCCGUAGAUUUAGAGGGGCAAAGCUCGGAAACCAAACACCAGACUCUGCUCGGACUGGCUCUUCAGAGAGUGUUGGGGGAGACUCCUUGGCUGAUCAUGUUGAGGAAAUCCUUACUGAAUCCCAGACUGUGCCAAGGAUACCACAGCCAUCUUUACAGCCAAGAGUCCUGCAGGCCCCAUCACCAACCAUCUCUGAUGCAAGCACCUCCAGUUCUGUGAGAGCAAUCAUCAACAGAGUUCUUCACCAGAUACCAGCAAAUGCUGAUGAUGAAAGCCAACCUUCAUCUGGGAGUUACAAACCAAGUCCCUUGGGUGUUUCACUCACUACGUGGGAUGCCUACACUGAUCAACAGUCCUCAUCGCUGUCUAAGAGCAUGACUCUUCCUCUAAAUCCAUCAAAUAGUAACGACAGAAGUGAACCAACACCCCCACCCACAUUGCUCCCUGGACUUGAACGUUCCGGGGGUUACGCCGGUGAAAAACCAGAUUCUCUGUCAUAUAGAGUCCAGCAGCUUUUAGAAAACACCUCUCAUAUGGCAACUGUUCCUGCUGCAUUAGAUGUUGCCAGGAUCCCCCAGGUAGAGGAUGCAGAAGCCCCUCUGCAAAGAAGAUAUGAUGUCAGGGUUUCAGAUACUCUGAGAUUCGAGCCAGAGAGAACAAGUUCGUUCACGUCACAGAUAUCACGUGGACAAGGACACCAAAGCAGUGGAACAUCUCCAAGAGAUCCUUAUGGUGAGAGCAUUGAGAGCAUGGACUCACUGGCCAGUAGAGUGAGGGCAAUUUUGGAAAGGAACCCUCCUCAGGAGCAUGUCUUGAGGAUCCUUCAGGAAGCUGCUGUAUUAGAUGCUGAACUCAGGCUGGCGGAGAUGCAGAGCCAAGAACAGCAGUCCUUUGCAGCUACUCCUGGUUCCCUGACUUACGACAGGAGUCUUGAGGAAGCCAGGAAUCAACCAGUUACUCAGUUUGCUGAACCUCAGGAGCCCAAACCAUUUGGAGCUUUAAGCUAUGCACAGCAAUUGCUGGCAUCUCAGGUACAAAGAGCCACUGACAGAACGUUUGAUCACAGUGUGGACUUCUACAAGGCUCAACCUAGUAGGCAGAAUGGUGACCUGGGCCAUGUUGGGAGCCACAUGAACCACCUGGGACAGCCUCCAAAAGAGGCCUGGAGUAGGGAAGCCAAGGUAGAGCCCUCACAACACCUGGUGUAUGGUCUUCUGCCUGGUCAGGCCAAGCAGCCCUAUUACCUACACCAGGAAGAGCAGCCUCAACAAAUCUCCCAUGAAAAUCAUGGCGAGCACAGUGAGGAUGAAGAUGAGUUUCCCGAAAAGGACUCUAGAAUGCAUCGCUCCCACUCCUCGCCAGAAAUUGACCUGACCAAAUUACGCAGUCGCAAAUAUGCAAGACAGAUCUCAGAUAAACCCCAGUAUACAGGAUCACUGGAGAGAGCCAGUCGAAAGAGGAGCAGGGAAGCCAAAGAAAAAGCCAUGCAGUCAAGGAAAGGUCCAGCAAUCAGUCCCCUUGCCUCUGAAAUCAGUGGCAGCAGUCGGAUACCCAUAACAGCACGUGAGUAUAACCGAUCAACGUCCGGAGAGAGCGAUAAAGCCAAGAGCCCUGAAAAAUCCUCUGUGCGAAAGUCACCUCAGGAUUUCAGCCAUCAAAGCAUGACAUCUCCCAAGCAUGACAUGAGUAGAGCAAGUGAGAGAUCCUCGGGGAGCUUCUUGAGACCAUACAAACCACCAGGAAGCAGUGAAGUGAUGUACACGUAUGCAGUAAACCAAGAUGACACCUCAACACCCAGUAGCAAAACAACACAAGAGAGCAGUCAUUUAGGGUCUGAUGAUGCACAGCCCCCACUGUUCCCAUCGAGCGCUUACGGCACCAGAGACAGCCCUCAACACAGACGUUCACUGGAGCUCCCCACCCCAGAUGCCGAAUUCCGACUCCACGACCAGUCCCCUCAACAAAGGCCUUCCCCUGCUCCGAGUCCCAAAUCCCCUCGAUCCAAGAUCCCUUCCUACAAAUCUGAUCAGAGGAACAGAGACAGGCCUGCAAAGUCGUACAUUGAGUACCCGAGUGAUCUGAAGAGCACCAGUCCACCAGAAUUGCCAUUCUCUCCUCCAGGAAGCUACCAAAGCCGGCUUCCGGUCAAAUCUUACGGACGCUACUCACAACAAGAAAGACUUACACAACCUGGAUACCCCCAAAGCCAGGACGUACAUGUAGCACAACCACAGAAAGGUCUUGUCAAAGCCGGUAGUCCUGAGAUACCCAAGUACAGCACACACCACAGUCCAGAAUCCCCAAAGCAGAGGUAUGGAUACAAGUCACCAACUGCAACCAGCCAUGCCAGUCGGAAAUCUCCAACCAGCAGGAUACCCGUGAGAGGUACUGAUCAUAUCUCAGCUCUAGACUCAGCCACAGUCUCUCACCAAGCCGGACGCACGGUACCAAGCAGAUCUGAUCCCCAACCUCAGCCAGGAGAUAAGUACUACCCACCAGCUCUCCUUCCAGAUUCAACUGCAGGCCAAGAGGAGCCCCAGAGAAGGAAGGACCAGUAUUCAGCCGGUCUGGGCAGCUUGAGGCCUGGAAGCAAAUUCGACACUCAUCUGACUGAUGCACCACCUGGGUCAGGCACCUACAGUAGACAAGUUCUGCAGGAAGUACUUAGGGAGGAUGAAACAGAUCCACACUUCAGAGACAUUGCCAGGGUAUGGGAGGAAUACCAGCAGUACAAGACGUCUCAGACAGAGAACGGUGGAAGCCAGUCAAGUCUAGACUCUGAGAGAAUCCAGCGAAUGGCUAGCCUUGUCCGAGACCCAGCCAGACACACUGUGGCAAACUGGGUGCAAGAUGAGACGGACAGUACAGAUGGUGGUUCAUCAUCUACCGGCACACCGAGACAAAGAAGAAAAUGGGACAAGGAGAGACCCUACACCCCACAGAAACAGCCACUGGAAGCUGAGCAAGAUGAACCACCAGCUGACAGACACUACAGAGUUUCACCAGAAGAUGAAAUCCAGCCCCCUCCAACUAAAACGCAGCCCCGCAUAGACAGGCCUCCCACCCUAAUACCAACGGCAACAAAGAGGCGUGGCAAAGGAUCUCCUGAUGAUGCAGUACCUUCUCAAAGGAGACCUGAGCCCAGAGAAACCGUUGGCAGUAGACAUGAGCCAGAACAAGAAGGGUUACAGGAUCUCAGCAUGGCAUCCUUCAUCUCGGACCUGAGUCUUGAAUCAGAUGAGCUCCUACGUCUCCUAGGAGAGCAAGGCAUCCGGCAGCUGGGCUCCAAGUUGUCCAAACUCCAACGCAGGAUAGACCGACAGCGAGAGCACCAUCGACGAAGGUUGAGGGAACAGGAGUCUCAAGCAGCUCCAUCAAAGAUUGACCCAAAACCGAAGGAUGCUCCAGUGAUGGCAAGCACUCCUGCCUCUUUGCCAGUAGAGUCUGUCAAGGAUCAGAGAACUCUAAGACCCACUGCGCCUGUUUCCUCAGCCUUAAGCCCAGUUCUGGAGACGAGUCGAGAUAUGGAGACCUCCCCGUCAAUGUCGGAAGGUACGCUGACUGAAGAACGUGAGGCUCGUCGGUAUCAGAGGAGAGGCUUACCUCGACGGGGUUAUAAAGACGACUUCCAGGUUACAUACAGCAGCAGCAGUGAGUUGCAGAGUGACACCAUCUCGGAGGCCAGCAUUCCAUGCACCUGCCGGCCCCUUGGGGUCAAGAGGUCAAGAUCCUGGCACAAUAUCGCUGGGUCGGACCAACCACCUCUACAACCAGAACCUCAUAGGGAGAACAGACGUAGAGAUAAUGAGAGUGACGUCUUCAAGAGGUCAAGAGAUAACAGGGAGUCACGGCUUCCAACCCGUAUUCCACCCGCCGUGCCUAGUGUCAACGAUAGAGGUGCCAGUUAUCAGUCAUCUGCUGCAAAGAGCUCACAGCUACCUCGCAAAACAAGGGGGACGGCGUUCACCGUAGACCUUGCCACACAGACCACCCCAGGCCUGACCAAGCGAGGAACUGACAAGACUCGUAAGAAGGAUGGAGAGAGUAUCUUCAGACAGCCACGAUCCAGCUCAGAGCCAAGCAGACCACGCAAGAAAAUCCCACAACCAGUCAAGGUUACCCCGGCACUACCCACCCCUGUGGCCUGGUUUCAACCCAUCAGUAAGAAGAUGCCAUGGCAGCAAUCGGAGCCCUCAACCCAACGUAAGCCACUCAGGGACAGGCAACCCCUAGCAAGGCAAGGCACACAACCACUGGUUAAACUCACCCUACAGGAAGCUUUUGAGGUGAGUCGGUCAGACUUUAUCUCACGUUCCCGAGAGCGACAGAAGAAGAUCCGUCUGGCAGCGGAGGAGCGUGACUUACAGAGACAGUUUGACGAGGAGAGAGGCAAACUGUUCUUGGAUCAUCGGAGCAAGAAGCCCAACCCUCAGGCUCAUCCUUACAGCGAUCAACACCACAAGCCUAAGAAAAGAUUGAUGUCCAAGAAAGAAAUGAGACAGCAUACAGAGAGACUUUACAGCAGACUGCCAGAAGUGGUCCAGAAAGAGAAAGAAAGAAAACGACAAGCGGCCCAAGAAACCAAUAGGAUAAAAGCACAGAUAUUUAGAAAGCAAUUGAGUGAACGUCUUAAGAGCAAACCGUGGACUGGGCCGUAGCAGGGUCAAAACUCAAAACAAGGUUCAAACAAAAUUAACGAGUCACGGUUUAAGCUUAAUUUACCUCAUUAUUUUGAAAGUGCCCAACAUUUCAACUGAAAUAUUAUCGUUAGUUCAGUUUUGUUUUUUGAAUCUUUUUGGACUUUGUGACCAUAUUUAUCCAAUUUGUAUGCACUGCAGAUCAACUUAAACAUGGGAUCAAGUUUUCGUAUUCUUCAUUCACUAAACUGUGUUUCCCUUUUUGUAGCUCUUUCCUGGUUUUGUUUUGUUUCUGUAAGGGGGGGGGGGGGUAAUGGGAAAAUGGAAUUUGAAGAACAAAAUAGUCAGUAGGCUGUUGUUGGGUCUGUACAACCAACAUAAGUAUUCAAGAGGGCUGAUAUGAAAGCUUGGUUUGUGAUUUGGGCUCAAAUGUUAGUAUGCGUGAACUGUACAAAAAAGAAACAAUCUGUUUAAAACUUAGUCAGCAUAACUGAACAUGGAUCCGCGGAUAUGCAGAGCGGCUGGGUGUUAUCAAGUGCAGAAUGUUGCAGAAUAUGGCUGAUACUGCAGCUGACAGAGGCCAUAACUGGUAUCUUGACCUCGGUAUCGUAUCACAAAAAAAUUGUAUUGUAAACUUAACUACAGAAGCGUGCACUGCAAACAAAAGCAAUUAAACAAUUCAGAGUUGUGCAGCGAGACGCGGCCAGAUUUCAACCCAAGCUGUUGUUCUUGUGAGUUGGCCAGAACGUUCCUUCACAAGACAACAUGUAGGAUAGCUAACAAAGGUGGCCACAUGUCGGUCAUAAAAAUAAAUUGUCUAAGUGUUUAGUGUCAUGGUGCUUUGUACUAUCUGUGAAUUCAGAGACCUCGAUUGUCUAUGUGCAGUAUAUGUGUGUGGCUUCGAGACAGCAGGUCUUGGACAAAGUGGUUGUGUCUUGUAUAAUGAAAUUAUUAACUUAAAUAUUGGGUUGUUUUCUUACCCAGUGUUUUGUAAGUGCUAAACAUAGCGCUGGCUGUGAACACCAAGAAAAAAAACCAAAAUCACAAGCUUUGUUUAAUGGGACUCGAUUCCAUGAAAAUAUUGGUUAUACCAAUGCCAUGAAAUUGAAUACAGUCAACCGAUGCAAGCAAGCUCGGUGGUCGAGUGGUAAGAUGUCUACUAGCAAGCAGGUUGUAGGUUCACAUCCCACCCGAUCAAGCUUGUGAACUUUUUUGGCAUUCUCUCAUACAACCCUGAGUGUACAGUUCUUGUAAAAAAAUUAGUACAAAAGCUGAAUUGUAGAAUACAGAAUAUAUUUAAUUCCUGAUUGAUUUUUUUUAAGUAUUCAAAAAUAAGUUCAUUGUCAUUAAGUUUGAUAUUUGAAAAACUGUUUCAAAUUGGCAAAAAAUAGUAUUCAUUUCCUUUGAAGAAUGUGUGUGUUUUUAAAUAUCUUGCCAAAGAAAAAUACUUUCUUUCAAGUAAAAUGUUUUCAAAGACAAAAUCUGACGGAUUUCAUCAAUGAGGUGGUAAGUGAAAUGGAUUUUGAACAAAUUCAUUUUAACCUCAUUUCUUCCUUUCCUUCAAAUUUUGUCUGCUUCCAUCUGCAUGUAUACAUGUACACUUAUAAUUACAAAAAUUGUUUUAUUUGAAAUGAUACACAUUCCAUUUUUUUCAAUAUAUAAUUUUGUAGAAAAUUUGA